AUGAUCAUCCCAGUUUGCUGCUUCACCUGCGGGAAGAUCAUUGGUAACAAAUGGGAAGCCUAUCUGGGUCUGCUGCAGGCCAUGUACACCGAGGGGGAUGCCCUGGACACUCUGGACCUGAAGCGCUACUGCUGCCGCUGCAUGCUGCUCGCACACGCGGACCUGAUUGAGAAACUGCUGAACUAUGCACUCCUAGAGAAGUGA